UUUCAAGCCGCCGAGGAAGAGCUGAGGACCAUCGUGUCUCUACGGAGACAAGAUGGAGAGAGUUGGAGACGUCGUGGGACGUAUCUUAAUCUGGCUGGACAACGUCUGUAAUCCCAGAGCCAGAAAAGCAGCACUGAGGGCCACGGCCUUGCUGGCUCGUUCCCACCCCCAGGACGUGGUUCUGAGCUGUGUGGCACACACGCUGUCCUCGGACAGAUGUGCCAUUGAGCUGUGGAAGGCCCUGGGGGAAGAACCACAGCUCCCCAGGAGGUGCUGCAGCAGCUGCUGGACAAGCUCCAGCAGAGACACCGGGAGGAGAAGAGCGGCAAUGUGUCUCUGGCUGCAAUGAGGACCAUUUACGAGGUCCUUUUCCUAUGGGGAUACCGAGAAGCCAUCCUGGAAAUGUAUCCCCAGAUGCUCAUCCUCUGCGUCAGGCAAGUGCAGUAUGUGAUGGAUCUGCACUUGCCAGGGACCUACAUGGCCAGCACGACAUCCA